ACUAAAAAAAAAAAUGUAAAAUUAUACUUCACUCAAAGAUCUUCCUGAAAGCCUAAAAAAGCAAUGAUUCCAUUUUUCUUGUACAAAUAAGAAGUUUACGAAACUGUAAAACAAUAAAAUCCAGAAUUAAAGAUGACCGAACUAACAUCUUUAAUAGCUGAAUAGUACAAAAAGCUUCCUGAAAAGGAAAAAAAGAAAUAUGAAGAUGAUUACUAAAGAAAAAAGCUUGUUGCUGAUAAAGCUGUUGAUGAAUGGAAAGCUAAGUAUGGAGAUAUCGAGAAGAAACUUAAAGAUGCUGAAAAAGAAAUGAAAGAAGAAAAAAAGAAUCUAAAAGAACAAAAAAGUAAAUCCAAAGAGUCAAAAUAAAAUUCUAAACUAAAUGAAAAAAAAGGAUAGGAAAAAGAAAAUUAAAAAGAAAAAGAAAAAAAAAAAGAUGCUAAAGAUCAUAAAGAAAAAGAUCAUAAAGACAAAGAACAUAAAGAAAACAAAGAAAAUAUCCAAAAAGGAAAAAAAAUGUAAUCAAAUGGAAAUUAAGUAAACUAAAAGAAAGAACCAAAAAAAGAUAAAAAAUAAAAAGAUUGA